AAAACUUCCCAACAGGACCAGCCCGCUGCUCAGGCAGCCCAGUGUGUGUAGUAAGAGCGAUAUCGGGGGCCGUGCAGAUUGUCCUGAGGAAAGUUGAUGGAACGUUUGGUUAUCUUUCGGAUCCUAGCGAAUCAUUAAAACGCAACAAAACUUCGUAUUGUUGGCUACACGAGGAUUCAUACUGACAAGACAUUAGCUGCAUUUAUAUUCAAACUUUUUAAAGUGUCAAUGGGCUGACGACCUAAGCUAGCUAGCGUAACGAAUGGGCUAGCUAACUAAAGGUUUGGAGAGCGAUUAAACUAACGUUAGCUAAACUUGCCAGCUAAAAGUUAGAUGAAAACGUAGCUCGGCUACCAACAAUGAUAUAGCUACUACUGUUUGCGUAUGUUUCUGGUGUUAAACCCAAGUUUAUUUCGACUGAAUGUGCAGGUAACGUUACUAUUUUGGCACUUAAACUUCAUAGCCUGCUAGAUAAUUCAGGAGCUAACUUUAGCACAUCUACUGUUGGUGUGGUUUUUUUCGAGUUACUAAGCUAGCUAGCAGUAAUUGGGGGUUAUUUUUCACUGUCCGUAGUGGAACUGGGUCAACGUCCACGUACACCCUGAUAAGUAGCUAGCUACAUAAAUGUGCCCUGUUCCUUAAAACUAGCAUAACUUUAUAGGUGACUAGCUAGCUAGUCUUAGCACUCUAACUAGGUAACGUUACUAGCUAACUUAAUGAAUAGUUACGUUUCAGAAGUUGAUCCACAAAUAAACUUGACCAGAGUGGCGACGUGGAGGAAAGUGGCAAACGUGUCUUACCAGGACAUUGGAAUACCAUGUUGGGACCGUCUUGACCAUUUGUGAAAUCGUUCUGAACGAUUCACGAGCAUUCCAAUGAGUGUAGAGGUCGUUUGAUUUUGCAGCAGCUUUGCACCCUAUGGUUCUGCUACAGACACUGAGAAAUGGAUGUUUCCAAGGCUGGUUUCCCAAACGGUGAGGGGCGACCGAAAGACACUGGAGAGCAUGACUGGACAGAUUCCCCCAACGCAAGAGCUUGGGCUCAUUCUGCUCCUCUUUCCCGGUCGCUGUGGACGGCUGUGUUUGACUAUGGAAGUACUGGAGAAGACGAACUUAGUCUGCGGCGGGGGGACGUGGUUGAGGUCCUCUCGAAGGAUGCUGCGAUCUCGGGAGAUGAAGGAUGGUGGACGGGUAAAAUUAACCACCGAGUUGGGAUUUUCCCUGCGAAUUAUGUUACUUAUCAACCUGCAAUUUACAGACUUCCCGACGGUAGCACUGUAGGGGUGCGGGAGCGUCCGAGUACUCCCGUGCAAAUAGAUUUUAGUGAACUCGUUUUAGAGGAAAUAAUUGGUGUCGGGGGAUUCGGUAAAGUUUACCGAGGGGCAUGGAAGGACCAAGAGGUUGCUGUAAAGGCAGCCCGACAGGAUCCUGACGAAGACAUUACUGCAACUUCGGAUGGUGUUAAACAAGAGGCCAAGCUCUUCUCCAUGCUACAACAUCCCAAUAUAAUAAAACUUGAAGGUGUCUGUCUUGAGGAGCCGAACCUUUGCUUGGUGAUGGAAUAUGCUCGUGGAGGGACUCUUAACCGGGCUUUGACAGGCCGCAGGAUACCCCCACACAUUCUUGUCAACUGGGCUGUUCAAAUCGCCAGGGGCAUGCACUACUUACACGAGGAGGCUGUUGUGCCCAUUAUUCACCGUGACCUGAAAUCCUGCAACAUUUUGUUGCUUGAAAAAAUAGAGAACGAUGACAUUGGAAGGAAGACUUUGAAGAUCACAGACUUUGGCCUAGCCAGAGAGUGGCACAACACCACCAAGAUGAGUGCUGCUGGCACGUACUCAUGGAUGGCCCCCGAAGUCAUCAAGUCCUCCCUCUUCUCCAAAGGCAGCGAUGUCUGGAGUUAUGGGGUCCUGUUAUGGGAGUUGCUGACAGGAGAGGUACCUUACCGUGGGAUUGAUGGUCUGGCUGUGGCCUAUGGUGUGGCUGUCAACAAGUUAACCCUCCCUAUUCCAUCCACCUGCCCAGAACCCUUCGCCAAGCUCAUGGAAGAGUGCUGGGAGCAGGACCCCCACAUCCGGCCGUCGUUUGCCUCUAUCCUGGAGCAGCUGACAGCCAUAGAGGAGGCGGUGAUGGCCACUAUGCCCCAAGACUCCUUCCACUCCAUGCAGGAGGACUGGAGGGUGGAGAUCCAGGAGAUGUUUGACGAGCUCAGGACAAAGGAGAAGGAGCUGCGUUCGCGUGAGGAGGAGCUGACGCGUGCGGCGCUGCAGCAGAAGUCCCACGAGGAGCUGCUGAAGAGGAGGGAGCAGCAGCUGGCGGAGCGGGAGAUCAACGUGCUGGAGAGGGAACUCAACAUCCUCAUCUUCCAGCUCAACAAGGACAAGCCCAACGUCAAGAAGAGGAAGGGCAAGUUCAAACGCAGCCGCCUCAAACUCAAGGACGGCAACCGCAUCAGCCUACCGUCAGAUUUUCAGCACAAGAUCACGGUUCAGGCGUCACCCUCCAUGGACAAGAGGAGGAGUCUGAACAGCUCCAGCCCCCCCAGCAGCCCCACACUCAUUCCCCGCCUCCGGGCCAUCCAGUUGUGUGCCCGCAUUGACAGUAUUCGAAGGGGCAGUAUGUAUGUGUAUCACCAGGAUGUGGAUAUCACCAGCGAGUGCCAGCCCUCUACUGGGUUUAGGAAGAAAGUGACUCUGGACGAGAGCAACAGGACAUGGGGACGAAGCACCAUCUACAAGCCAGAGGAGUUUGAUGACGUCAAGAAGGGGAUUAAGAAGAAGGGGCGAACGUGGGGACCGAGCUCCGUUCAGACCAAGGAGCGGGGAAACUGUGCUGAAAGAGUGAGGCCACUGUCUGAUGGAAACAACCCCUGGUCCACCAGUCUGGUGAAGUCCCAGAAGUCCGUUCCAUUGGCUGCAUUGUUUGCAGAGCAGCAAGGGACCAAUAAAGAUGAGAUAUGCUCACCAGAUAGCUCGGACAACAGCAAACCAAAGCAACUGAAGUUCCCUAAUCAGGUCUACAUCGAUCUACCUCUGUGGAAGGAUGAGCAGCAGCAGGGGGGUGAGGGGACGGCAGGAGGCUGCCCUGGGGAAGGCCUGGAGGACCCCAGCACCACCUCCGCCAGCUCCACCAGCACCACCCCCCAGCACACCCCCACCAACAGUCUGAAGAGGGCCUCAGCUCGCCGCCGAACAGAUACCGUGCUCUACGUCUGUGCCUCAAUGCUUGCCUCGGUGGGGCUGGGCUUCGACCUGCGUGACACUUUCAAGGCCCCACCGGGAGACGACCCUGAGCCCCAGCCCAGCGUGGAGAAGAAGAAGAAAGAGGGUCUGUUUCAGCGCGCCACACGCUUCCGCCGCAGCACCAGCCCCCCUUGUGGACGUUCCUCUCGCAAGGAGGAAGCAGCCUUAUCCUUGUCGGCGGGCUCCCAAGGCCCUGUCAACCUCAUCUCCAUGUCCUCCAUCUCAGAGUGCAACUCCACCAAGUGCCUCCUGCAGUCGGACGCGGAGGGGCCUGAGCCCAUCCCUGUGAAGGAGGUAGACCCCAGAGCACAGCCCAACAGCGGCUCCCAGCCACAGGGUCCGGGCAGCAGGACUCAAGCUGAGGUCGAGCCCCUCCCCCAGCCUGCAGCCCCAGAGCAGACUCCGCCUCAGAGCAUGGGCUCUAGCCUCCGAAUUAAGAACUCGUCUGUCGUUCAGGACACUAAUGGUACAUCUGGCUGUCACACGACCUCGUCGGGACAAUCUUCCACCACGACCUCUCAGAAGAAGUCUGACAGGGAGGAGACCCCUGAGAGAGCAGCCAGUGGGGAGACUGUUGCUUCCAGACCCCGGCCUUUGUCCCUCCGUGGCAAACCCCACUCCUGGGGUCUCUUGAGGGGCCAAAACAAGAGCUACUCCCUGGGCCACUACUCUGGCGAGAAGAGCGCCAGGAGCCUCAACAUCGUCCUCUCUUCCGCUGAGGUCAAGAUGGACUGCUCUCUGCUUGACAUGGACACGGAGGGGCAGAAACGUGACUGCACCGUGCCCCUCUGCCGAAUUCAGAGCAGCCCCAGUCGCCCCUCCGUCUUCGAACUAGAGAAAAAGUUCUUGUCAUAGCAGAAAUAAGCUGCCUUAUUACCAGGGUACCAGAGCAGAAUCUUUAACGUUUGAGUUGGAUCAACAACUCUUAUUUGACAUUCCAGGGCAUUCCACUGCCCUCAUGUUUUUUUAACCUGAAUGUGGGCCACUGCUGCUUGAUGAUACCUGUGCUUUUUAACCUGAAUGUGGGCCACUGCUGCUUGAUGAUACCUGUGCUUUUUAACCUGAAUGUGGGCCACUGCUGCUUGAUGAUACCUGUGCUUUUUAUUUAUAUCUGUCAUAUUUUGAUUGGUAAUUUAAUAUUGGGGGAAAAAAACAUAUUUCAAUAGCAUCAGGUUGAUUGAACACAUUCCAUUUUUUGUUGCAAAAAUGGUGCCAUUUCUGCACACACACUGGUUUGGAUCGUGGCAUCUCAAGUUAGAAAUGAUGCGUACUUUCAAAAUGUCAAACAAUGUUCAUUUGCUUUUGUCUAUAAAUAUAUUUUUCUCCAAUUUGAUUUAAUGUUGGUUAUUAUUUUGUUUUCUAUUGAUUUUGUUCAUCGAUUCUAUUUUAUAGAUGCCACAGUGUUUAUUUUAGGACAAGUUCUGUCCAAUGUCAGAGGUAAUAUUGAAUGUCUUUGGCUUAUCUUUGACUUCUGUCUGGAAGUCAACAUGUGGCUCAACUGACAGAUGUAGAGUAACAGUGCAACCAACAACACUGGAGAUCCUAGUCUCAACACUGAAACACUAAGCAAGGCCUGGUCAGCCACUACCUUACCACUAUACGACUAGACAAGCGUUACAAACAACUGAACCAGUACCACUACUGUACAGACUAUUCAGCAUUAUUCGCUGCUGUGUUUUUUGUGGAAUAUGACCAUUUGGCUCGAAACCAAUUCACAUGGGGGCUUAGACUACCUAGCUUCCUGUGCAAACACUAUUUUGAAGAACAAAGAAAUGGUGAUUGGAUGGGGGGAAAGUAUGAAGGUGUUUUAUUUGGCUUAUCAUAAAUGUAUAUUCUGUAUGAAUGGUUAUCAUUACAGUAUUGAUUUCACACCUUUGCUCCUAAAGAUGGAAUGACAUUUUGAAAAAACAUAUUCCAAUACUUGUUUGAGUAACAGAUGCAGUAUUCCUUAGCUUUUUGUUAAUAUGAAAAUGAUUGUUGACAGGAACCGCCUUUUUGAUGCACCUAAACUAUUCAAGUUGUUAUCGUCUAAAUAUUCAGUCCCAUGCAAGUCAUCAGUACCGAGCAACAUGUAAAACUUUCCUGUAAAUAUCCAACGUACAGUAUUUUUGUUUGUCCCGUUUUAUACGGUUUUCAAGAAAUAUUGAAAGUUAAUCUCCUUUUGUAGUACUGUUAAAUCUUGAGUACUUCUCUUAUUUAAAUCAACAUUCCAGUCAGCUGUUGAAGUUAGUACAACUGGAAGAAUAUCUUAUUUUAAAAAAAAUAAUGAAACACUGCCUUUGAGAUCACAUUGUCAUAGCUAGAUCAUUUAUGGGGUCCUUGCUAUAUCCUGACAUGUUAUGCCUGCCAUUAAUACAACAACUUUGAUAAGGCUUUCUUUUUCAUACUUUGUGUUUGCUGUGCUUGGGAGAAGAACCGUGCAAGAGAUUGAGACAGACAUUUACAGAUCUCGUUAUUUAUUUUUUUGAAACUUGUUUUAUCACAUUUUGUUCACACCGCAGAAUCCCAGUGCUGUUUUAUCCCCAUAUUAACAAUCACAGGCUUUAAGUAAUACAUCAGUUGACCUCAACCUUCUUUUAUACUUGAACCACUUCAAGAAUGGCUGAUUAGCAUGAUAGCUCUUUCAACCAGCAUGAAUCCUCAGAAACCCCCCAUGUUCUUUCUGGAAAUGUAAAUCAACUCAAGACGACCAUACUAAACAAAUCUAAAUACAUACCUUCAGAAAUUAUUUACACCCC